AUGAGAGAGUACUAUGCCUUUAGACUGCAACAACGAUCAAAUGAAGGGCAGACCCUUAUUCGAGGAGGACGACUAUUCCAGCAGUUUGUAGUUGAUGCAUAUGCUACUAUUGAACAAUGUAGAUUGAAGUGGGUUAGAGGCCAUCAAGAAGAAAUACGCGCUGACGUAUUUCAAGGUAUAAAAGAAGCAGUUGCAGCAGGAGACACUGAACCAGGUACUGCAGGUAGAAUAAUUUUACCAUCUACCUUUACUGGUGGACCGAGGUAUAUGAUUCAACAUUACCAAGAUGCCAUUUCUAUAUGCAGACAAUUAGGACCACCAGACUUAUUUAUUACAUUCACAUGUAAUCCAAAAUGGUUUGAAAUCACAGAAGCUCUAAAGAAAAUUCCUGGACAACAACCAAUUGAUAGACCAGAUAUAAUUAGUCGCGUAUUUCAUAUAAAACUGAAAGCACUAAUGUCUGACCUUGAAGGAAGCAGACACUUUGGAGAAGUACAAGGAGGAUUGCCGCAUGCACAUAUAUUAUCGUGGCUUAAACCCGAAGACAAGCCAAAGACUGCAGCACAUGUUGAUUCAAUAAUUCAAGCUGAAUUCCCAGACCCAGAGAAAGAUAGAGUUGGAUAUGAUGCAGUCUGUCAAUAUAUGUUACAUGGUCCAUGUGGGGCUGUCAAACCUAAUAGACUUGCAUGCAUCACAAAAAAAUGUCCAAAGAAAUAUCCUAAAAAGUUCUGCGACAAGACAAGUGUUGAUGAAAAGGGGUCUCCAGUAUAUAGGCGUCAACAAAUGAAUUGUGGAGUUGAAAAGGAAGGUAUCAAGUUAGAUAAUAGAUGGGUUGUACCACACAACCUAGACUUAUUGGUCAGAUAUGAUGCACAUAUUAAUGUAGAAGUUUGCAAUUGCAGAGGUGUGUCAAUAAAUUACCUUUUCAAGUAUUUACACAAAGGAAGUGACCGAGUAACCGCCAUUCUGGAAACACCUGCAACAAAGAAACAGACUUCAAACGAUAGUGAUAUCAGUGAUCCAAAAGAAAGUACAUCAAACGUCAGUGAUACUGUUGCACCAAAUAAUAAGCCCAAACCGAAAUUUGAUGAGAUUAAGAAAUAUCUUGACUGUCGUUAUCUAUCUGCCUCAGAAGCGUUCUGGAGAACAUUGAACUUUGAAAUUCAUUAUCGUCGUCCAAGCGUAGAAAGAUUACCAUUUCAUCUCGAAGGAGAGCAGUUGAUUUAUCAUAAAGAUACUGAAGACUUGAGAGAUGUUUUGGAAAGAACCGAUCCAGAUGCAACAAAAUUCCUUCGCUUGAUGAAAGCUAAUAGAGAACACGUAAAAGCAAGGAACCUAACGUAUGCAGACUUUCCUUCGGAAUGGACAUGGUAUACAGAGUCUAAAGAAUGGAAACCAAGAAAGAGGGGCUUCAACAAAAUAGGACGCAUCUACUAUGUCCACCCCACUGCAGGAGAGAAAUAUUAUUUGCGUAUUUUAUUGAAUGUGCAAAGAGGUUGUCAGAGCUACGACGAUAUUAAAACAAUAGACUGUGUAACUCAUCUGACAUUCAAAGCAGCAUGCUUAGCCCUAGGUUUGUUAGAAGAUGACGGGGAAUGGGACCAUGCUAUAAAGGAAGCAGCAACGGUAUAUAUUAAUGGAAAAAGAUUGCGAGAACUUUUUGUUACACUUUUGUUGAAUUGCAAAGUCAUUGAACCUAAAAAACUAUGGAGUGAAAACUGGAAACUUUUGGCAGAUGGCAUUGAACACGAACACCAAAAACUUUAUGGGAAUGAGAAUUUAACUUACGAUGAUGAUGAUUUGAAGAACUAUUGUUUUCAAGAAAUCGAGUUGAUAAUGUGGAAACGUGGUAGGACUUUGAAAGAGGAUGAAUUUUCAGAGAUUCCGUACCCAGACAUGUCAGGAAUUGAUGUUCCUAGGAACCACUUAGUUGCAGAAGAAACAAGCUAUGACAGGAUUAGUCUACUUGCAGAGGCAGAGAUUUUAAAAAAAGAGUUAAACAUAAAACAGAAAAUAGUGUUUGACAGUGUCAUAGAUUCAGUUGAGAAGAAAGAUGGUGGUCUUUUUUUUGUGUAUGGAAGUGGUGGAACAGCCGAUUUAUUAUGCAGGGCCGACUUAAUUAUCUGGGACGAAGCACCAAUGAUGCACCGAAAUGGACUUGAAGCUUUCCAGAGAACCCUAGCUGAUAUAAUGAUGGAAAAAAAUGGAGGAAAUGAAUGGUUUGGUAGAAAAACAUUGGUUCUUGGUGGUGAUUUCAGGCAAAUUUUACCGAUAAUGCGUCUGCUGACCGGAGAUACGUUUGUUGAAAAAAGAGAAGAAGUUGAAGAAUUUUCAAAAUGGAUUCUUGAUGUGGGUAAUGGUAAGUUACCAACAAUCAGUUUGGAUGGAUCGAAAGAUACAGAUUGGGUAGAAAUACCUUCAGAUUUACUAAUACGGUGUCAAGAAAAUCACCUCGACACAAUAGUACGAAAAAUGUAUCCCGACUUGCUAAUACACAUGCGUGAUAAGAAUUAUCUUGUUGAUCGGAGUAUAUUAGCGCCAACAAAUGAAUGUGUGCACAACAUAAAUUCACACAUCUUAGCAUGUAUACCAGGUGAAGAACAUACAUAUUUGAGUGCUGAUUACAUUGGACCAGAAUCGACGGAAUAUCAUUCGAGCGUUAUUUUCUACGACAAAGAGUUUCUUAACAAGCAUGAAUGUUCUGGAAUGGCUAGCCACAAGCUAACCUUGAAAGUUGGAGUGCCAAUCAUGCUACUCCGAAAUAUAAUCCAACCAGAUGGACUAUGCAAUGGUACUAGAUUGAUUGUCAAAUAA